AGCAUGCGUGUUUCAUAACGAGAUUUGACUUGCAGUCACAGCGCCACGCAAGCCUAUAGUGAUGCUUGUUCGCUUUACAAUCAGAAAUAACAGGAAGAAAUGAUGUUAGCGCGGAAAACUUAAGAGUUUUCGAAGACACAGAAGAAAAAGGUAUGGCCCAAGGACACAUCGAAGAUAUCCUUGUAUUGACGGAAGAAGAAGAGAACACUCCAUUGUUUGUCAGUCCUCGAUCUAGAAGCACUGUUCGGAUAUUUCCACGCCGUGAAGGUUUGCAAUGGAAGAUCCUCAGAGGUUUAUUUUCAGCCUUUUAUCCGAUAUCUCACGUGACCAUAGUCGUUUCUCUGGUGUCCUUCUUUGUGACAGCUUUCAGCUUCGCCAUAAACUGUGCACUGGAAAUGACUUUCGAGAUGAUUUCACCGCUAGGAGAGUCCAUGGAUUAUCAGAAUUUCUACGCGUGUUGUAUGUUAAUUCUCCUCUGCUGCACAAUCUUCGUAGUGUGUUUUGUGUUCUCGUUGUUCUGGGAAAUCAUAAAAGUCGCUGUUGUUAAAAGAUCUCUCAAGUUCAGAGUAGUCAAAGUGGGAAUUUUCCUCGCCAUCUUAUUAAGCUCUGGUAUCCAUGCUGCUUGCGCAGAUAAGAACUUUGGCGUCAUGACUUUUCUCAGCAGUUGUCUGAUAGUGUGUUGGUUUGCAGCGUUAAUAGUGGCAGUGAUAGGCUCAGUUGGUUUGAUAGUAUUCUGCUACAGAGAGGAAAGCCAUGAAGCUUACGUCGUAGUCCUACUCCCGAUGCGUUUUCUGCUUAUUAUGUUUUCAAUUCUUUCUCCUGUGUCGUUCACACUCGUCGGGGCGGCAACCGGAGCGGUUUGUUUUGCGUUUUUCUAUCCGUUUCUUACCGCCUGUCUCAUUUUAUACGUCAUCUUUCGAGGCUGCAGAAGACCUAAUGGAGAAUACUUUGUGAUAAAGAAACGUUUUGCUUUGAUGUUCAUCGCUGCCUACCUUGCUGUGAUGAUUUUGGCGAGCACGUCGCAAGUACAUUGUGAUAAAGAUUGCAAUUUCCCACCUCUCAAUCACACGCGGGACACAAGCGAUUUCUCUAUCAGUGAAAAUUCGGCUAAGUACCCAAUCUGCGGCAAAAUGUACGGGACUCCUUUACGUUUAAACAUUGCAGAUAUGGCGUAUCUCUCGUAUAUCGCUUACCAGAAGAACUGGAACAAACGAGAUCUUACUCAAUCAGUCAACGGUUAUUUUCUUGAUCGAGGUGGGACGUGGAAUGUUACCUACAUAUCAGGGGGAAAUCCCAGGUUUUAUCACCUACUCGAGGGCACCACUCAAGUUCAUGUCAUUGGUAUACGGGGAACCGCAUCUUCUCAGGAAUGGUUUCAAUACCUGAAACUUUGGAGUGAGAUUAUCAGUUACCAAGUGACUUCUGUGGCUCUACCUAAGCAGACUUUUCCCUUGAACUUCGUGACGUCUUACAUAACCGCGUCAUCGUUUCUUGAGAGACUGCUGCACAAUAAUCGCGAGGAUUUUGCUUUCUCUUCGGUUGAGUCAUACGUGCAGAAAAUAAAUCGAACGGCGGGGAGCACCAUUCUCCUCACGGGCCAUUCCAUCGGUGGUGGCCUGGCGAAGAUUGUGGGAAGUCGACAAAAAGUAACGACUGUCACGUUUUCCAGCCCCGGUGAAGUUUUCAGCCGAGCAAAGUUUGGUAUUUCUUUAGACGACUUACAGCGUUACACCACCUCUGUUGUGUCACGCGAUGACAUGAUCACGUGGGUUGAUAUUCAUGGCGGAUUGGUGCAGUAUAUCGAUUGUAACGCAAGUGGGUAUGUCCAGUGUCACAGCAUUGUUAACACGUACUGUGAGCUCAAAAGAAGUUGUGGUUUUCAAACCUCAAUCGUGUGCUGAACUCGCUUAGAUCUAAGGUUUAGGACAAGAAAGUUACCGCUCUGAAUUUGGGGCGACCAGCGCUGUUAACAAGGUUCUUUAUGACUGGCCAAACGAAACAAUAGGUAAAGAACGCAAACAAUUUCCCUAGGCCUGAGAACAAAAGAGGUGCAGAUCAAUAAGAGUGAACCUAAAUAGAGGUUUUAAAGAGGAGCAGGUCAAUUGCUAAAUUUAAUUUUAACUCAGAAUGUGAAAACAGAGCUGCGCAGCAACGCAUUAUAGUACAACUUAAUAGGUCUGAUUCAAACCGCCACAACCUAGGGAUUAUUAGCACAUGUGCAAUAUAAAUUUCAUCUUUAGCUAAUCUCAGCGUUGAUUCCGCGCCGUCCGUUCGGGAACAGAUUUCGGUCAGUUUUAAGCACUUUGCCUUAGUAAAACUGCCAAAAUUUAGUGUCUAUACGCAACCUCGAUCCAUUUGUCUCCCUGACGAAGUCUGUACUUAUCAGACAAAAGCAUAUAGAGAGAGUGAAUGAUAAAACUCAUUGAACGUGA